AUGCACCCCUUCCCUCUGGCCAUGUCCCUCGCCGGACUGACUAGCGCAACCAAUAUCAAACACAUCGAAAAACGCCAUGGUGCACCUACUGCUGAAGACCUGUUCUACGAAGCUGUCAACGAUGACUUAGCACGCUAUACAAUCCUCGCACUUGGUUGUGCCGCCGCCCUCUAUGGUAUUUGGCAGCUAGUCCUCCGUUUUUCCCGCCAUCUUCGUCGCCUGUCGAGUUUCAGCAAUGAUCGACAGCAGUACUUUGUCCCUACACAUGGGGCCUUCGCUUGGAUCAAGGAGCAUAUCAUCUAUGCCUCAUUGUUUGGCACCCGCCACAACCGUGAAAUGCAGCUCUCAUCAGCUGUCAACAUGGGUACCUUACCCAGCCGCUUCCAUGCGUUCCUUAUCACCGGUGUCGUCGCCAUGAACGUCACGCUCUGCUGUGUGACCAAUCCUUAUGGGUCUAAGGAAGACACGCUUGCUGGUGUCGUGCGUAACCGUACAGGUACUAUGGCAACCGUGAAUCUGAUCCCUCUGGUUAUCAUGGCGGGUCGUAACAACCCUCUUAUUGCUAUGCUCCAUGUGCCUUUCGAUACAUGGAACCUGCUCCACAGAUGGCUUGGCCGCAUCGUGGUGUUAGAAAGUCUUGCGCAUGUAUUUGCAUGGGCCAUUCCGAAAGGUCAAGAAGCAGGCUGGAAAGUUGUCGGGAUAGCUUUGAGUAGCAGCAGUUUCUUGAUGACAGGCUUGGUGGCUGCUUGCGCAUUUACUGCGCUUUUGUUGCACUCCCCCUCACCCAUUCGCCAUGCAUUCUAUGAGACAUUCCUUCACUUGCACAUCGCCAUCGCCGCCGUUUCCAUGGGCUUUCUCUGGGUCCACCUCAACGGGUUCGUUGCACAGACCUACCUGCUUGCAGCUAUCAUCCUCUGGGCCCUUGAGCGAGGAACCCGUUUCCUCAUCAUUGUGUACCGCAACUGCGGACGUCAAUCGACCACCGCAACGGUCGAGGCUAUGCCUGGUGACGCAAUGCGCAUUACCCUCCGCAUGGCUCGUCCCUGGACCUUCCGUCCCGGUCAACACAUCUACCUCUACAUCCCAGCCGUAGGAUGGUUGACCUCGCACCCCUUCUCUGUCGGCUGGAGUGAAACAGAAGACAGCAAUACCGAUGAAAAAUCUCUCCCAUCCACAAGGCAAGACCUCCUCAACACGCCGCAGAAGGAAACCAUCUCCCUUCUAGUCCGCCGUCGCACGGGUAUGACAGACAAGCUCUUCCAACGUGCAUCAAAUGCCAUGGGAUCGAAAAUCACCCUCCGCGCGUUCGCCGAGGGUCCAUAUGGCAAUAUCCACACCUUGGACUCAUACGGCACGGUCAUGCUCUUUGCUGGCGGUGUCGGUAUUACCCACCACGUACCAUUUGUUCGCCACCUGGUUGCCGGGUUCGCGAAUGGCACAGUUGCCGCCCGCCGCGUCACCCUCGUCUGGAUCAUUCAGUCUCCCGAACACCUGGAGUGGAUCCGGCCCUGGAUGACCAGUAUCCUGGCCAUGGACCGUCGCCGGGAAGUCCUGCGCAUCAUGCUCUUCGUUACACGGCCGCGCAACACAAAAGAGAUCCAAAGCCCUUCUGCUACUGUCCAGAUGUUCCCUGGUCGUCCACAGAUCGAUACCUUGAUCGGCAUGGAAGUCGAGAACCAAAUCGGCGCCAUGGGCGUGCUCGUCUGCGGCAACGGUGGUCUGAGUGAUGAUGUGCGCCGUGUUUGUCGCAAGAGACAGGCUCAGUCUAGUCUUGAUUACGUGGAAGAGAGCUUUUCUUGGUAG